AUGAGUCUGCUGCGCCCUGAGAUGCUCCAGCUGGUAGCACAAAGUCUGGGUCUGGACGACAUUAGCAGUGACUGCGUGGGCGAGCUCAUGCCAGAGGUAGAGCUGCGAGUGCGGGAGGUGGUGCAGGACGCGCUCAAGUUCCAGCGGCACUCGCGACGGUCCCAGCUGGACCCCACCCACAUCAAUCAGGCGCUCCACGUGCGGAAUCUAGAGAGUUUGUAUGGCUUUGCCGCACCUGGUACUGUCAAGUAUAAGCCGUGCGAGGACCACGAGUCGCUCUUUUUUGCAGUGGAGGAAGAGCUGGAACUAUCUGAGCUACUGAAUGCACCAUUGGGGCAAAUUCCAUUGCAGCCAGUACUUAAUGUGCACUGGUUGGCAGUCGAUGGCGUGCAGCCACUCAUACCUGAGAAUGAGUCCGUUGAAGACGAUUCGACGUGUCACACGUCCAUUAAGGACGAAGCUUUUGUCAAUCAUAUCGACAGAAAGCCCCGGGUCAAGCACGUGCUGACGGAGGAAAUGCAGUUGUACUACACCAAGGUGACCGAGGCCGUUAAGGGCGACAACUUUGAGCUGCAACGUGCAGCUUUUACCAGCCUCGCUCAAGACCCGGGCAUCCACCAGCUGCUGCCGUACUUCUCACGCUUCAUUUACGAAGAGGUGAAGCACAGCAAUCAUGACCUGUCACUGCUAUUCUCACUCAUGCGGGCUUGCCGCUGUUUGCUGACGAACCAGAAUCUACAUAUUGAACUCUAUUUACAUCAGCUGAUUCCUGCUAUCUUGACCUGCGUGCUGGGUACACAGCUCUGUGAGAACCCAGCAGAUGAUCACUGGGCUUUGCGCAAGUACGCGGCCAAACUGGUGGCUCAGAUUUGCGAGCGCUACGGUGAAAAGUACGCCAAUAUCCAGGCUCGCGUAUCGAAGACGUACCACAAGGCAAUCAUAGACCCAGUGUGUCCUUUUUCGACUCAAUAUGGCGCCCUGCACGGUAUGCUGUUUUUGGGCCCUCUGGUGAUGGAAAGUUUGCUCUUUCCUAAUUUGGAGGCAUACUAUCGGCGAUUGGAGCCAGCAGUCUCGUCGUCCAACCCUGAUCUUGUCGAAAGACUUGAGGCACAAAACUGCCUCGGCAUCCUUGUGCAUGCUUCUGGAACUUACUUUUCAAUGUCCAAGGCUAUGGAUCGUGCUGUGUCGCCACCUCUGUCGUCGUCUACUCUAGGCAGUAUCGUGACUCUUCUACACGACGCGUUUGGCGAGAGUCUCUUACCGUACGUUCGGUCCGACCAGCCAUCACGUAUGCUCGACAUGUGCCUUUAG